AUGGCGAGGCUCAUGAGCCGAAUGCGCGAGAUCGCGGACAUGGGGCAUGUCAACGGGCUCACAUUCUUGAUGGACAUAGAGGUGCUCCAGCGACUGAGCAAGAACGAGGUGCUGGGUCCGGAGCACACCAUCCACAUCGAGCGCCGUUUGCGCGACCUUGUGGAGAUCAAGAAAGGGCAGCUAAAGCGCCAGUCGGCGGCCAUGGAGGUGCCAGAGCAAAGUUAUUACUGGUGGGACUGGAGCCAUCGUCAAGGAAGUGCGCCGCAGUGGGGUGCAGACAGCUGGACUUGGUGA